AUGUCGUUAGCUCAUAAACACGAAAAUGAACUUUCAAGAGCCCUUCCAUGUGUCGAGGAUGCGCACUCUAUGGGACGGCCGAGAGAUGGAAGCUACUGCGAGAAUAGCGAAGACGAAGCCAAUUUGGUGUCGUCUGGUGAGGAGAGUCGACUGAACGACGAUCUAUCAAGUUCUUUAGAGGAUCUCGUCGGUAACUUCGACGAAAGGAUAAACUCUUGUCUGAAGAAUCCGGAUGUGAACACCGAAGAUAUCGCUCCAGUACAGGUCCGAACACAAGAUGAAGUGAUGGCUGAAAGCCAGCGCCUGGAUUUAACUGAUCGCCAAUCGCUUGAUAUGCCCAUUGUUUACUUUUACUUCCCCGGUAUUUAG